GUAGCACAUCUGAAUUUCAAAGCUCUUCUCUAAAACAUAAACAUAUAUAUAUAUAAAUAUAGAUAUACGUAUAGAUACAAAAAUGGGUGCUACUCUCUGUUCACCAUUACUAUCAGUCCCAAAAAUAUAUCUCUUCUUUUUUGUAACUUUGUCAUUAAUUACUGAGUAUGCAUUUGCAGCAACUAGGCACUACAAGUUCGAAAUAAAACUACAAAGUGUGACAAGACUUUGCCAUACUAAGAGCAUUGUCACAGUAAAUGGGCAGUUUCCUGGACCUCGCAUUAUAGCUAGGGAGGGUGACCGUCUCCUUAUCAAAGUGGUCAACAAUGUCCAAAACAAUAUUUCAAUUCAUUGGCAUGGUAUUAGACAACUUCAAACAGGGUGGGCUGAUGGGCCUGCGUAUGUGACCCAAUGCCCCAUUCAAACAGGGCAAAAUUAUGUGUACAAUUACACCAUUACAGGGCAGAGAGGCACCCUUUUCUGGCAUGCCCACAUAUCAUGGCUAAGAGCUACUGUGUAUGGUCCCAUAAUCAUUCUUCCUAAGCGUGGAAUCGCUUAUCCGUUUCCUAAACCUUACAAACAAGUUCCCAUGAUCUUUGGAGAGUGGUGGAAUGUUGAUCCUGAGGCAGUCAUUGCCCAGGCCUUGCAAACUGGUGGAGGCCCAAAUGUAUCAGAUGCCUAUACCAUAAAUGGGCUACCAGGCCCAUUAUAUAAUUGCUCAGCUAAAGAUACAUUCAAGUUGAAGGUGAAGCCGGGAAAGACUUAUCUUCUCCGUCUGAUUAACGCUGCACUUAAUGAUGAACUGUUUUUCAGCAUUGCAAACCACACUGUAAAAGUGGUUGAUGUUGAUGCUGUUUAUGUUAAACAUUUUGAAACCAAUACCAUUCUCAUAGCUCCUGGGCAAACCACUAAUCUACUUUUAAGCACCAAAUCUCAUUUCCCAAAUGCCAAAUUCCUCAUGCUAGCUAGGCCAUAUGUCACAGGUCUUGGCACCUUUGACAACUCUAGUGUCGCAGGAAUUCUUGAAUAUGAAAGUUCACACUCCACCAACCCAAUGAAGAAACUUCAACUCCUCAAACCAGUGUUGCCUGCUCUAAACGACACUUCAUUUGCAACCAAAUUUGCCAACAAACUCCGUAGCUUGGCCAGUCCUCAAUUCCCAGCUAAUGUUCCUCAAAAGGUUGACAAACAUGUUUUCUUCACAGUUGGGCUUGGAACAAAUCCAUGCCAAGGUAACAAAACAUGUCAAGGGCCUAACGGGACAAUGUUUGCAGCCUCAAUUAACAAUGUUUCUUUUGUACUCCCAAACAAUACUGCCCUCCUGCAAGCCCAUUUUUCUGGUCAAUCAAAAAGGGUUUACAGUCCUUACUUCCCAAGUAGCCCUAUCAUUCCAUUUAAUUAUACAGGAAAUCCACCAAACAACACAAUGGUGGGAAAUGGAACAAAGGUAGUGGUUCUUCCAUUCAACACAAGUGUGGAGUUAGUGAUGCAAGAUACAAGCAUCCUUGGUGCUGAAAGCCAUCCUCUCCAUCUCCAUGGAUUUAACUUCUUUGUGGUUGGACAAGGCUUUGGCAAUUUCAAUCCAAAUAAGGACCCUGCAAACUUCAAUCUAGUUGACCCUGUAGAAAGAAACACUGUUGGUGUUCCUUCUGGGGGAUGGGUUGCUAUAAGAUUUUUAGCAGAUAAUCCAGGUGUGUGGUUUAUGCAUUGUCACUUGGAGAUCCACACAAGUUGGGGAUUGAAGAUGGCUUGGGUGGUCUUAGAUGGCAAGUUACCCAAUCAGAAGUUGUUUCCCCCACCGGCAGAUCUUCCCAAAUGUUGAUUUCUAUUCUCACCAUCACUUAUUCAAGAUUUCUUUUAACCGAAGUGUUCAUUAAAUUUUGUCAAACACUUUAAAUUAUUCUUUCAAUAAUAUUUUUGUCCCCAUGCAUGUACUUCAUUUUUAUGGAGUCGAAAAAAAUGAAAGAGAAUUUGUUUUUGCGAUUUAGCCGGGAAAGGCUCAAUAAGAUUGCCAAGAAUGAGUACUUAAAAUCAUUAUUCAA